CCCUGUCAGUUUCAAAGUGAAUCUCCCUCCCUCUGGGUAACUCUUCAUCCUGGGAGGGAGACAGAGAUGGGAGGAGGGGAAACUGUUCACUUGUAGCAACUGGAGUGAAUCCAGGGAGGGAGGAGACUCCGCAAACUCAGUCUAUGCUCGGUGUUUUGGAUGGUGUUCCUCCUCCUGAGGGUCUCGGACUUGUCUGGAUGAUUAUGUGUAUUUGAAGAUAGAAGCUUCAAAAUCAACACAUGAAGUCCUUAUACCCGAAACGUUAACUCUCCUGCUCCUCGGAUGCUGCCUGACCUGCUGCACUUUUCCAGUACCACACAUUUUGACACUGACUCUCCAGGGUCUGCAGUCCUCACUUUGACGUCAAUGUCUGACAGUCACUCAAUCCAGCGGGACCGGAAACAAUUUUCAACUAUGAUUCUGUGAGAAGGAGCAAAGUGUUUUGGUUCCUGUUUGAGUACAUUUUCAGCAUCAGUGGGACUGGAUGAGAGACCCUACUGUUGCAGCGCAUUGAGUGUGGGGCGUGUAGCAGCAUCUACAGCCUGGAAAGAGGAAUUGACGGCAGGGAGGGGCUGGAAACGUGUGUGUGUAUUUGUGUGCAGCUGAAGCUUCGGCCAUGGAGAAACCUGAGGAAUCCCGCCCCGUGGAGAAAUGGUGGAAGUGUGGUGAUGAGGGAAAAGGCUUCCAUUUCCCGUCUGCCCUGGAGAUUCAUCAGCGCAUCCACACAGGGGAGAGGCCGUUCUCCUGCCCCGAGUGUGGGAAGGCCUUCAGCAAAUGCUCCGACCUGCUGAGGCACCAGCGAUCCCACACAGGGGAGAGGCCCUUCAACUGCCCCAAGUGCUGGAAGAGAUUUACCCGGGCCUCCCACCUGCUGAGGCACCAGCGGGCCCACACAGGGGAGAGGCCGUUCUCCUGCCCAGAGUGUGGGAAGAGAUUUGCCCAGGCCUCCAACCUGCUGACCCACCGGCGGGUCCACACCGGGGAGAGGCCCUUCAGCUGCUCAGAGUGUGGAAAGGCCUUCAGCAAUUCCCCUAACCUGCUGAGGCACCGGCAGGUCCACACUGGGGAGAGGCCCUUCAGCUGCCCCGAGUGUGGGAAGGCCUUCAGCGAUUUCUCUUCCCUGCUGACCCACCAGCGGAGCCACACUGGGGAGAGGCCCUUCAGCUGCCCUGAGUGCGGGAAGGCCUUCAACAAUUCCUCUUCUCUCCUGAUCCACCAGCGGAUCCACACUGGGGAGAGGCCAUUCAGCUGCCCGGAGUGUGGGAAGGCCUUCCGCCAUUCCCCCAACCUGCUGAGGCAUCAGCGGGUCCACACUGGGGAGAAGCCUUUCAGCUGCCCCGAGUGCGGGAAGGCCUUCAGUAAUUCCUCCAACCUGCUGACCCACCAGCGGAUCCACACUGGGGAGAGGCCCUUCAGCUGCCCCGAGUGUGGGAAAGCCUUCAGCAAUUCCUUCAACCUGCUGACCCACCGGCGGGUCCACACGGGGGAGAGGCCCUUCAGCUGCCCUCAGUGUGGAAAGGACUUCACUCGCUCCUCCCUCCUCCGGAGGCACCAGCAAGUUCACGUGCAGAAAGCUAUUAAAACCCACAACAUCCACGAGCAAGAUGCUGAGGUUGCACAAUUCAGCCAAGAGGUUUGUUACUUCUGGGAACUAAAGGAUCCCAAGAGUAAGGCUACCGUUGGCACGGUCAAGACAGAACUUGCCCAAACUACAGUAGCUAAACCUAAACUCAGGAUUCAAAGUAGACCUUUCCGUCUGCAAGCUGUUCUCACCCAGCAACAUGGCUCCUCUUGGCGCCCUAUUGCCUAUUAUGCAACUAAGCUUGACCCUGUUGCUCAAGGUAUGCCUUUCUGCACCCAGAUUCUUUCUGCCAUCCACACUCUGGUGGCUGGCGAGGGGAGCAGGGAACACAUUUGCCCCGCCCCCAUUGCCUCCGAUUGGUUGGAUGCCUCGUCGAACCGCGCCCACUACACGCGGGGUGACGUCACGGUCUGGUCACCCUGCUCCUUGAGUUGGCGCAUGUGCAGUGGAGCAAAACAUUUUGGUUCCUGUUUCAGACCAUUUUCAGCAUCAGCGGGACUGGAUGAGAGUCUCUACUGUUACAGCGCACUUUGUGUAAAGCCUGAAACAGUUAUACGGCCAGGAAAGAGGAAUUUACUGUGGGCAGGGGCCAUACAUGGGGCUGUAGCUGCGGCCAUGGUGAAACCAGAGGAAUCCCACACUGUGGAGAAACCGUGGAAGUGUUGCGACUGUGGGAGAGGCUUCCAUGCCCCAUCUGUCCUGGAGAUUCAUCGGCGAACUCACACCGGGGAGAGGCCAUUCUCCUGCCCCGAGUGCGGGAAAGGCUUUACCUGCUCCUCCCACCUGCUGGACCACCGCCGAGUCCACACUGGGGAGAAGCCAUUCUCCUGCCCUGAGUGUGGGAAGGGCUUCACCUACUCCUCCCACCUGCUGGCCCACCAGCGUGUCCACACUGGGGAAAGGCCCUUCCCCUGCUCUGAGUGUGGGAAGGCCUUCAGCAAAUCCUCGGACCUGCUGAAGCACCAACGGGUCCACAGAGGGGAGAGGCCAUUCAGCUGCCCUGAGUGCGGGAAGGCUUUCAGUGAUUCCUCUACCCUGCUGAGGCACCAGUGGGUCCACAUCGGGAAAAGGCCGUUCUCGUGCCCUGAGUGCAGGAAGGGCUUCACCCGCUCUUCCGCUCUGCUGACCCAUCUGCGGGUCCACACGGGUGAGAAGCCCUUUAGCUGCCCUGAGUGCAGGAUGGCCUUCAGCAGGUCUUCCCACCUGCUGAGGCACCAGCGAGUCCACACUGGGGAGAGGCCGUACUCCUGCCUCCAGUGCGGAAAGUGCUUUACCCAGCCCUCCAACCUGCUGACCCACCAGCGGAUCCACACCUGCGAGAGACCGUUCUCCUGCCCCGAGUGCGGGAAGGGUUUUGCUGUUUCCUCCCACCUCGUGGCCCACCGGCGGGUCCACACGGGGGAGAGGCCAUUCAGCUGCCCCGAGUGCGGGAAGGCCUUCAGCAAUUCCUCUGCCCUGCUUAGGCACCAGCGCAUUCACACCGGAGAGAAGCCGUUCUCCUGCCCAGAGUGCGGGAAGGGCUUUACCCGCUCCUCCACACUGCUGACCCACCAGCGGGUCCACACAGGGGAGAGGCCAUUCAGCUGCCCUGAGUGCAGGAAGGCCUUCAGCGAUUCCUCUGCUCUGCUGAAGCACCAGCGAGUCCACACCGGGGAGAGGCCCUUCAGCUGCCCUGAGUGCGGGAAGAGGUUUACAUUUUCCCGCAACUUGCGGAAGCACCAGCGGGGGCACCAGCACUCUCAACAAUCAGAUUCCACCACUGACACUGCUGUGAGUCCCCCCCAGGACUGAUUCUCCUGACAGUGGGUGCAGUGGGAGAGUUGGUGCAAUGUAUUUGUUUUCCGUUGGACUGCAACCCCACGGUGGCUCAGGGGUGGCAUGGUGACUCAGUGAUUAGCAUUGCUGCCUCAUGGCACCAGGAACCAAGGAUCAAUUCCACCCUUGGGGCAACUGUCUGUGUGGAGUUUGUGGAGGGUAGGAGAAUGGAUGAGAUAAGAAACCGCUGCCUGCCUUGAGACAAGUCUCCUGGAGAGAACUUGCUGACUGAUUGUCUGAUCUACUGAUCCUCACAGUGCCCCAUUGCCCUCAGUUAACUGGAGGAAGUCCACACAGAUGUACCGAAGCCCCUCUUUGGACUGUGGAAGGAAACCUGUGCAGACAGGGAAAACAUGCAAACUCCACACAAACAGUUACCUGAGGCUGGAAUUGAACUUGGGUCCCUUAUGCUGUGAGGUAGCAAUGCUAAGCAGUGUGCUACCCCCCAAUAUGUUAUAAAAUUUGAAUAAACCUACUAAGUUGGAAA